AUGUACUUGGUGGCGGGGGGCAGGGGGCUGGCCGGCUGCGGGCACCUCUCGGUCUCGCUGCUGGGGCUGCUGCUGCUGCUGGCGCGCUCAGGCACCCGGGCGCUGGUCUGCCUGCCCUGUGACGAGUCCAAGUGCGAGGAGCCUCGGAGCUGCCCGGGGAGCAUCGUGCAGGGCGUCUGCGGCUGCUGCUACAUGUGUGCCCGCCAGAGGAACGAGAGCUGCGGUGGAGCCUACGGGCUCCACGGAGCCUGCGACCGGGGGCUGCGCUGUGUCAUCCGCCCCCCGCUCAAUGGCGACUCCAUCACCGAGUACGAAGUGGGCGUCUGCGAAGAUGAGGACUGGGAUGGUGACCAGCUGCUCGGUUUUGAACCAUGCAAUGAAAAUCUCGUCUCGGGCUGCAAUAUCAUCAACGGGAAGUGUGAAUGCGACACCAUCCGAACCUGCAACAAUCCCUUUGAGUUUCCAAGGAAGGAUAUGUGCCUUUCCGCUUUAAAGAGGAUUGAAGAAGAGAAGCCAGAUUGCUCCAAGGCCCGUUGUGAAGUCCAGUUCUCUCCACGCUGCCCCGAAGAUUCCGUACUGAUCGAGGGCUAUGCUCCCCCCGGGGAGUGUUGUCCCUUGCCCAGCCGCUGCGUGUGUGACCCCGCGGGCUGUCUGCGCAAAGUCUGCCAGCCGGGAUACCUGAACAUCCUGGUGUCCAAAGCCUCAGGGAAGCCGGGAGAGUGCUGUGACCUCUAUGAGUGUAAACCAGUUUUCAGCGUGGACUGCAGCACCGUGGAGUGCCCCCCUGUUCAGCAGGCCGUGUGCCCCCUGGACAGCUACGAAACUCAAGUGCGGCUCACAGCGGAUGGCUGCUGUACCCUGCCGGCAAGAUGCGAGUGUCUCUCUGACUUAUGUGGUGUCCCCGUUUGUGAGGUGGGAUCUACUCCCCGCAUAGUCUCUCGUGGAGAUGGGACACCUGGAAAGUGCUGUGAUGUCUUUGAAUGUGUUAAUGAAACUAAGCCAGCCUGCAUAUUCAACAGCGUGGAGUAUUACGACGGGGACAUGUUUCGAAUGGACAACUGUCGGUUCUGUCGAUGCCAAGGGGGCGUCUCCAUCUGCUUCACUGCUCAGUGUGGGGAGUUGAACUGCGAACGAUACUAUGUGCCUGAAGGGGAGUGCUGCCCUGUGUGCGAAGAUCCCAUCUAUCCUUACAACAACCCGGCUGGCUGCUACGCCAAUGGCCAGAUCCGCGCCCACGGGGACCGGUGGCGGGAAGACGACUGUACUUUCUGCCAGUGCAUCAACGGAGAACCUCACUGCGUGGCCACAGCCUGUGGGCAGAGCUGCAUGCACCCCGUGAAGGUGCCCGGGGAGUGUUGCCCCGUGUGUGAAGAGCCAACCUACAUCACAAUUGAUCCACCCGCGUGCGGGGAGUUAUCAAACUGCACCCUGAGAGAGAAGGACUGCAUUUAUGGCUUCAAACUGGAUCACAAUGGCUGUCCAACCUGUCAGUGCAAAAACAGGGAGGAGCUAUGCUUAGGCCUUAAACGGGGCUGCACCUUGGACUGUCCCUUUGGUCUCCUCACCGACGCCCACAACUGUGAGGUCUGUCAAUGCCGCCCACGGCCCAAGAAGUGCAAGCCCACAGUAUGCGACAAGUUUUGUCCGCUUGGAUUCCUGAAGAAUAAGCAUGGCUGUGACAUCUGUCGCUGUAAGAAAUGUCCAGAGCUGCUAUGCAGUAAGAUCUGCCCCUUGGGCUUCCAGCAGGACAGUCACGGCUGUCUUAUCUGCAAGUGCAGAGAGGUCCCUCCUUCAGCUGGGCCACCUGUCCUGUCAGGCACAUGUCUGUCCAUGGAUGGCCAUCAUCAUAAAAAUGAGGAAAGCUGGCAUGAUGGGUGCCGGGAGUGCUACUGUCACAAUGGAAGGGAAAUGUGUGCCCUGAUCACCUGCCCCGUGCCCGCCUGUGGCAAACCCACCAUUCGUCCCGGACAGUGCUGCCCGUCAUGCGCAGAUGACUUCGUGGUGCAGAAGCCAGAGCUGAGCACUCCUACCAUUUGCCACGCACCCGGAGGAGAGUACUUUGUGGAAGGGGAGAUGUGGAACAUCGACUCGUGUACGCAGUGCACCUGCCACAGCGGCCAGGUCCUGUGCGAGACCGAGGUGUGCCCACCGCUGCUCUGCCAGAGCCCCUCACGUACCCAGGACUCCUGCUGCCCUCAGUGUACAGAUGAGCCUCUCCAGCCUUCCACAUCCCAUAAUGAGAGCGUGCCUAGUUACUGCAAAAAUGACGACGGGGAUAUAUUCCUGGCCGCUGAGUCCUGGAAGCCUGAUGCUUGCACCAGCUGCGUGUGCGUGGAGAGCGAGAUUAGCUGUUACUCUGAGUCUUGCCCUUCCGUGUCCUGUGAAAGACCUGUUUUGAGGAAAGGCCAGUGUUGCCCCUACUGUCUAGAAGACACCAUUCCAAAGAAGGUGGUGUGUCACUUCAGCGGGAAGACCUAUGCGGACGAGGAACGGUGGGACAUUGAUAGUUGCACACACUGCUACUGCCUGCAAGGCCAGACCCUCUGCUCCACUGUCAGCUGCCCGCCUCUGCCCUGCGCCGAGCCCAUCAAGGUGGAAGGGAGUUGCUGCCCGAUGUGUCCAGAAAUGUAUGUGCCAGAGCCGACCAACGUACCCAUCGAGAAGAAAAAUCAUCGUGGCGAAAUUGACCUGGAGGCUCCCAUGUGGCCCACCCCAAGUGAAAAUGACAUCAUCCAUCUCCCUAGAGAUAUGGGUCACCUCCAGGUAGAUUACAGAGAUAGUAACAGGCUGCAUCCAAGCGAAGACUCAUCCCUGGACUCCGUUGUCUCGGUUGUGGUUCCCAUAAUAAUAUGCCUCUCCAUCAUAAUAGCAUUCCUGCUCAUCAACCAGAAGAAACAGUGGGUACCGCUACUGUGCUGGUACCGGUCACCAACUAAGCCAUCGUCCUUGAAUAAUCAGCUGGUAUCUGUGGACUGCAAGAAAGGCACUCGAGUCCAAGCGGACGGUUCCCAGACCAUGCUAAGAAUUGCCGAGCCCGAUGCGCGAUUCAGUGGCUUCUACAGCAUGCAAAAACAGAACCAUCUACAGGCAGACAAUUUCUACCAAACGGUGUGAACGCAGGCGGCAGCAUGGAUGAGGUUUUUUGAAAGACAGAAAACGACAAAAAAAAUCUGCUCUUUAAACUAGAAUUUGUGCACUUGCUUAGUGGAUUGUAUCAGAUUGUGACUUGGUGUCCGGCACUAAGGACUGUUAUAAUUGGGAUGGGCUCUGUCUACAGCAUUGUGCAGAACAAGCAUUCCCACUUGGCCUCAAGAUAACUGACCACAUGUUUUCAUAGAACCAAAGUUUUAAAACUUGCUAAAGUAUAUUUGCUUGUAAGAUAGCUGUAGAGACAUUUGGGGGUGGGACAGAGAGUUUGGUGGGGGAAAUGGGUUGGGAGGGUAGUGUUGGGAAGAAAAAAAAAAUCGGUCAGCUUGGCUUGGGGAGAAAGCCAGGAAAAUAAAAAAGCAAUUCAUGGCCCAGAGGAAUUUUUUUUUUCCCCGUUGCUCUGAAGACUGUGCUCGGGCCUGAAUGAGCAGGAACACAAAAGGCCUUGCAACCCAGCUGCCGUACCACCAGACAAGCGCAUCCGAACUCUCGAUAGCCAUCCCCCCGGUCUAUAGCCCAAGUUUCCCUUCUUACAGUCACAACUGCAGUAGGCAGUGAGGAAGCCAGGGAAAUGGAGAGCCACAUUUCUCGAAAGCGGGUUAUUAAGGAUAUAUACAGUUUAACUCUUUUUUGCUGCUUCUGUUUUCUUCCGUGCCAAUCAGCCAGUUCCUAGCAGAGACAGCAGAUGGGUAAGGACGAGGUCACCUCUUAACUUGAGCACUGGAACUUUACUUCCCACGUGGCAGGAAGGAGGGCGAGGGUGAGGACACCAGGCAACUCCAGGGGCUAUACUUCCUUGUUCGUUGUUUUCUUCUGUUCUGUCGUUUUUGGUUGUUCAUAGUUUUGUUGAGGCUCUAGCUUAAAGAAGAAAAUUUUU